GCACUUUUACCCCCUUAUUUUCUUAUAAAAAUUUCAGCUUUCCCGCCCACUGAAUUUUCCUCCCAAAUUUCUUCUUUCUCUCUCACUCACACACAGAGUAGAUGCAGCCAAAUCCUCUUUGUAUCAAUAUCUAGCAGUUUAGGGGGUACCCAUUGAGCCAAAAAUGCCUGAUUUUGGCAUUCUUUUGGAUUCUCCAUUGCCAUCAGUACCAGAAGAAUCAUUGCCUUCAUCUUUAGCUUUGAUUUCUUGCCCAAAUCUAGAAGUUUGUUGUGAAUCUGAUACCCAAAUGCAGGAACUAGUUUCUGACCGAAAUUCCCAGCUGGGGUUCCCUAUUUUGCUCAAAGAAGACGAGUUGAAGCUGGAAAACAAUGGGUGUGUUGAGUUGGUACAGAAAGAGGACGAGUUGAAACUAUUGACACCCAAAUCCAGUGAAUCUGAUACCCAAAUGCAGGAACUAGUUUCUGACCGAAAUUCCCAGCUGGGGUUCCCUAUUUUGUUGAAAGAAGACGUGUUGAAACCGGAAAACAAUGAGUGUGUUGAGUUGGAACAGAAAGGGGAGGAGUUGAAACUAUUGAUAUCCAAAACCAGUGAUUCUGAUACCCAAAUCCAGGUACUAGUUUCUGACCGAAAUUCCCAGCUGGCGUUCCCUAUUUUGCUGAAAGAAGACGAGUUGAAACCGGAAAACAAUGGGUGUGUUGAGUUGGAACAGAAAGAUGAGUUUAAACUGGAAAAUAAUGGUUGUGGUGAGUUGGGAAUCAGGGUAUUAAUACCCAAAUCGAGUCAAUCUGAUACCCAAAUUGAGCAACUAGUUUCUGACCCAAAUUCCCAGUUGGGGUCUCCUAUUUUGCAGAAAGAAGACGAGUUGAAACUGGAAAAUAAUGGUUAUGGUGAGUUGGGAAUAAGGGAUUUGAUACCCAAAUCCAGUCAAUCUGAUAUCCAAAUGCAGGAACUAGUUUCUGACCAAAAUUCCCACUUGGUGUUCCCUUCUUUGCAGAAAGAAGAGUUGGAACCGGAUAACAAUGGUUGUGUUGAGUCGGAACAGAAAGAAGACGAGUUGAAACCGGAAAAUAAUGGUUGUGGUGUAUUGGGAGUAAGUGUUUUGAUAACCAAAUCCAGUGAAUCUGAUGCCCAAAUGCAGGAACUAGUUUCUGACAGAAAUUCCCAGCUGGGGUUCCCUAAUUUGCAAAUAGAAGACGAUUUGAAACCGGAUAACAAUGGGUGUGUUGAAUUGGAACAGAAAGAAGACCAGUUGAAACUGGAAAAUAAUGGUUGUGGUGAUUUGGGAAUCAGGGGUUUGAGGUCAAGUGGUGGUGGGUCGGUGGCGAAAAAGAGUUUGGAUGAGUUUGUUAAAGAUUGGGUUGAGAGGAAGGUCAAUGCUGGUGUAGAUAAACGCAAUUGUGUAUUGCCAUUCCUUAUUCAUGCUCCCAAAUCGGUUGAGUGCUCUGUUUGCCAAGGAUUAAUUUUUCCAGGUGAUGAGGUAGAAUGCUCUGUUCGAGAUUGUAUGGGAGUUUUCCACUUAGAAUGUGCUAAAGAAAGACUUGGGUUAUCUUCUCCCAAAAUGUUUAAGUGCCCUCAACAUGUAUGUUAUGUUUGUAAUAAAAAGAUACAUCUCUGGCGGUGCAUCAGAUGUCCACUAGCAUCACAUGAUAAGUGUGCAGCAUUUCCGGAGCACGUGGUUCAUUUAAAUGAUCAGCCAGGGCGAGUUAUUUGUUGGAAGCAUCCAUCCGAUUGGCGUUUGGAGAAGCAUGAAGCCCCAGCAAGUAAUUUGGAGGAGAUAUUAACUAAUUUGCCUGUACCAUAUGUGGAGGAGGAGUUCAAGAUUGACAUGAAUUGGAAAGACAUGAUUGACAACAGAUCUGAACCACCUCCAUACGUGCAUAUCAAGAGAAAUGCUUACCUCAUUAAGAAAAAGCGUGAUGGCGUUAUUGCUGAUAUUGGGUGCACAAACUGCAAAUCCACAGAAUGCUUGGACAAUUGUGUUUGCAGGGUUCAAUGCAUAAGUUGUUCGAAGGCGUGCCAUUGCUCUGAUAUGUGCUCAAACAGACCAUUUCGGAGAGAUAGAAAGAUACAAGUUGUCAAGACUGAACUUUGUGGUUGGGGGGUAGUAGCAUCUGAAUCCAUAAACAAAGGUGAUUUCAUAAUUGAGUACAUUGGCGAAGUUAUUGAUGAUGCCUUGUGUGAAAAAAGGCUAUGGGACAUGAAAUACAAGGGAGUUCAAAAUUUCUACAUGUGUGAACUACGGAAAGAUUUCACAAUUGAUGCAACUUUCAAGGGAAACUUGUCCCGUUUUCUCAAUCAUAGCUGUGAUCCUAAUUGCAAAUUGGAAAAAUGGCAGGUUGAAGGUGAGACUCGAAUUGGUGUCUUUGCUGCUCGAUUCAUUGAAGUAGGAGAACCUCUGACCUAUGAUUACAGAUUUGUUCUGUUUGGUUCAGAAGUGAAGUGCCAUUGUGGAGCUUCGAAUUGUCAAGGAUAUCUUGGCAGCAAAAAGAAAAUCACAAGUAAACUGGACAUCAGCUGGGGUUCGAAACGCAAGAGAACAUCUACUUCUUGCCUCACCAUCAUUAAAUCGAAUUCAUGUUAGACUAUUAUUGUUUUAUUCGAUCAUUUUAGUAUGUAUUAUCGCGUUUUCUACAAAAAAUACAAUAAACCAAAAGAAAGCCAUUGCCAAAAGGAGAGGGAAAAAAGGAACAGAAAGAUUGUUGUUACAAGCAUUGUUACAUUGAUUUAUACUGGCAUUGUUGUUUCACUUUUAUUCUGAAAAAUAUGACAGAAUCCUUACAUUAUAAAGAUUAAGUUCUUUUCAUUUUA